CUGUGUUGUGGGGUCAUUUCUAAAGAGCUGUCAGAUUCAACAAGUCCCACGAUGGUAUUAUUUUACUAAGGAUCUAUGUCUGUGAUAUGGAUUUAGGCAAACAUAAAACUGAAACCGCAUCAAACAACGUUAUAAGAAACAAGAUUACGAAUUCAGCAUUCUUCAAUGACAAUCAAAAGGGAUUUGAAGAGAUGAAACCUGAGAUUCCAUCUGUUAAAUGUGAUGCAUUUCCUUUGGCCUUCACCUUUGUACCGAUCAGUGGAACACUUCCCACGCAAGUAGCAUUAGGAAAGGACUUGAAAUCUCUUCCAAAAACUGUUGUCUACAAAAAGGAAGACAUGGCACAAAAGCCUGCAACAUAUUCGGGGUACUCCUCAAAAGAAUUCAUCCAAAAAACUGAUGAAAAUAUAUUAGGUGCUCAGAAACAAUCAAGUACAGAAAAUAUGUUUUCAGGGAAAGAAGAGUCCACAAGGAACUGUGAAGAUAUGCAUCGAAAUGACCUUUUCAUAGCUGAAUUUGUCCUUGUCAUGGACCAUGAUGAGGACAAAGAUGAAACUAUGGACAAAAGCAACCAUUCUUUUUCUUCUGCUGAGGGACAUUAUGGAUCCACAGUGAAACCGCUUUCCACUACAGCAACGAUUCCACUUAUAAGUGUUAACAAGAUAUAUGUUCCUGAAAGGUGCCAUGAUGAUGGCUCACAAAAUAAGAAUUCUCAAGAUAGAGAUCAACAGCUCUACUCUUCAAUGUCUGCUUCACCUUUCCAGUUUAGACAACGAUAUACUAAUGUAAUGCACACACAUAAUUAUACAUUAUCUAAUAAUAAGUAUCCCAUACGGUCUAAAGAGAAUGAAAAUUCAUCAUUCUGUCCUUCUGUUACCACACAUGAAAAUCAUUCUUUAGAGAGAUUUUCACUUGCUUCUAACAAACACAUGUCAUCACAGGAAAGUCAGGAAUUGAAUAUUGAAAAUCUAAAUUCUCUCAGGGAAUCCCCGCUAACCCAAUCACAUGAUCCAACUGAUAACAUUAAAACAGGUUCUAGUUUUGGUAAUAUUUCAGAAAUUCAAAGUCAAUGUGUUCGAUUCUUACCAAGAAAUUCAAAUGAACAGUUAAAUAUAUUAUCACCUUUGCCAAUUCGCAUUUUUAAGCAUCCCCUUUGCCCUAGUCCUAGUCCUCUCCAAUCACCUUAUUAUGGCUCCUCCUGCACUUUAUCCAGCGCCCCAAUGUCUCCAACUCCAAGUCAUGAAAUUAUUUCACGUGCUCCAUCUCGUCUGUCAUUUUUAACUUCUUUACUGAGAUCAAAAAAAUCAAGUCAGAAAAGACCACAUGCUCCGGAUGUCAAUCAAUAUAAUUUAGCAACCCACCCAUCUCCAUCACAUUUAUAUCUACAGAAUACUGGUAACCCAUUGGCAGUCACCAGAAAAUCAAUUUCAUGUUUCUCUCUUAAUAAUUCAAAUGAAUUCAAAACAGUGCAGUUUCGAAAGCAAUCUGAUAUGCUCCCUUCUGCUUCAGAGUCAAAUAUUUCACAGCCUCAAUCCUCAUUUCAUCAAAGGCCAAUGAGAACAUUAUCCCCAGAUGCAGUAUAUUUCAAACCACCUUCAUGUGGUUUAGGGCCUCGAAAAUAUAUCUCUUCACCCUCUACAAGCAGAGAAAAUUUAUCACCACUAAAUGUUAAACCUCCUUUAAAUAAAUAUAAUUAUAAACCUUUAAAAAAAUAUUCAAUUGUUGGAAAAGCCAGAAAAGUUACAUUGUCGCCUCCAGUCUCUCCUCAUAAAAUAUUAGAUUCCCAGUCUAAUUUUAUCAGUCAAACACAAACUGUAUCUCCAAACACAAGGAAGUACAACACUCCUAGUGGUAGUUGCAAGGCAAGAGACCAUUAUUAUCUGACUGAUAUAGACUAUCGCCCUGCAGUAUCACCUUCUACAAGUAUGUAUAUCACAGAAACAAAUGAUUUUUCACAUUCUGAAUUUAAACCAUUUCAUAAAAUCCCCAGUGAAAAUCUAAAUUCAAAAGGGGACAUUGAUACACCAGUCAACUCAAAUCUUAGUUCUCAUUUCAACUUACCGAAGCCUGAAACAUCAUCAAGAAAGCAUGAGCCAAUUUGUCCUUCAUCUGAUAAUGCACCUUCACCAACAAGGUCAUCCUUGUCAAGAUGCAGUGACUUUUCAUCAUCACAGUCAUUAUCUUAUUGUUCUGACCAUGAACAUCAACAGACGUACAAAAUCAAAUCAAGUUAUAAGGCUUUUGCAGCAAUACCAACAAAUACAUUGCUUCGGGAUCAGAAGGCAAUCGAUGAACCUGAAAUAAGCAAAGCAAACUCUGGAGUUGACAGAACAUCAGAGGAACGUUCCCAGAUGUGCACUCCAGCACAACUUCGUCAGCAAACUGAAGAACUAUGCGCAGCAAUUGAUGAAGUUUUACAUGAUCCUCUGCCCUUGCAACAUGAAUCCACAUCAAGAUCUUCAGUCAGGAAACCGACAUCUAAAACCAAAAUGCCUAAAUCACCAUGCAAAUCAGCUGGACGAGAAACAAAAUAUGCAUCCCUUCAAUCAAUAGCUAAAACAAACAAAAGCUCUUCUUCUACAAAGCCUGGCGUAAUCCGUCCAAUAACAUUAAGAGUGACAUUAAUGGAGCAGUAUGACGAUAUAGGUCAUUCUCAUCCAUACAAUCAAGGCAGUGUGACCUCCGGGAGAAAUACAUCUGGCAGUGUAUCAAACAAAAGAGAUAUCAUCUGAUCUUCACUUUCAUUUACAUACCUUCCAAGUGUCCCUAUUUAGGAUGGACACUCACAAUUUUCUAUUCUAAUGUCUGUCUUUUCUAGAAGCUCCAUAUUGUUGAUGUUUCUGAUUGUAUAAGAGAGGUACACAGCAAUUAUACUCACAGCAAUAUUUCUUUAACCUACAAUAAAUGUGUUUAGAAAUCAGUCUCUGUAAAUAAGACACAUUUUUCUUUUUCUAGAUUACAUUUUAGUUAUUUAAAUUGUUAUUAGUAAGUCACCUAACAUUUUGAUGAACAGCCCUGCCCAUGGCCAAACAACCACUUACACCCUCCUCCCCCAAAAAUUGAAGUGUUCCUUUUUGUCCAUUUGAAAUGUUGAGAGGUAUGCAACUUUAUAAUUAUUGUAUAUUAUGAUAUAUAUGCAUACACAUUUUUUUUUAAAG